GGGAUGAUGGCCUUUUGGGCUGCUUCCCCGGGAAUUCCUCCCUGACUCCCAGCUGCCAAUUGAUUCCCAGGCAGCCAGGCUACCACAAUCGGGAACCACCACCACUUCAAGGACCAUCCCCAUUCCACUUGCCCGUUUGCGCCCAAGCCAUCCGCCGUCUCGUCCUCGUUCAACCAACAGCUUCGACGAUCCGACCGUCUCCUUUCCUUUUCGAUCACUCGUUUUCCCAGCACAGAACCAACUCCAAACGCUCGCUCCCUUACCCCCCCUCCCCUUUUUCUUUUCUUCCUUUCUCUCUUUUUCUGACACAUCCGUUCGUUCCGCCGACCCUCGCCCGUCGCCCCGCCUGCAACCAUGGCCAUGGCGCCCACCGAUCGUCGUAAACCCUUUACCAGCUGGGUCAAACGGCUGAAUCAGAAGAUGAAGCGCACCAAGGGCCCAAACAACCCCUACCCACAGUCAGGCCAUUCGACCGUCGAGAGCAGCACCGACCCCGAGCUGGUCGUCCACUCCGCCGAGGAGCUAAGCAGGCAGUCGAUGCAGUCCACGAGCGAGGGCAGGCGAUCCACCGAGCCCGAAGGCGAUGCCGACGGCGACGGCGACGUCGAGGGCCGACCACCGACGACUGCCCCGUCCUACGGCGGCACAUCCUUCGCCGGGACCAACAUCACAGCCACCGACCCGCGCAGGCCCGACAGCACCUUCUCGUCGCCUGCGCCGUCCGCCCGGUCCGUGGCGACGACGCUGUCGACGAUGCAGACGAACAUGGCCAACGGGCUGGCCGUGCCCGCAAACACCACCGCCCCGGCGGCCACGCGCCCGCAGCAGCACCAGCACCAGGCGGUGCAGUACACGCAGCCCGAGGCCCUGGUGACGGCGAUGCCGGCGAGCGACGGCGACCGAAACAGGCGGAGCGCGUACCGCCCCGCCACGUACAGCGCGAUCAUCGCCAACAACCUGCUGAGCGACAACAUCUCCAUCCUGACGCUGGCCUCGUCCACCCAACGCCGUAGGCGGCGCUCCUGGGACACGGACUACGACCACGCGUCGGUGCGCGCCCUGCCGCCAGCGUCGCAGUUCGGCGGCAGCCGCGAGUCGCUGCCCCUGUCCGUGCUGAGCGCCAACCUCGACGGGCAGCCGACGAGCCCCGGCCUGACCACGGCCAGGUCCAUCGCGGAGCGGUCGGUGAGCGGCCUGGCCCUCGGGCAUGGACGGGCCGACAGCCUGAGCGGGAGCGUCGGGGGCGGGGCCAUACCCGUCGCAAGCGAAUCCUGAGGACAACCCACAGGGACAACCCACAGGAACUAGAAGAGGGCCCCCCUCGUACGGGUGGCGAGCGUGCGGGCGCAAGCUCUCUGGACGGCAUCACUGCCCUGUCAGGCGCAUGAGAGGGACGGCAAGGACACCAUCUGGUCCAUGCACAGGAACAAAGGCACUAGGCAUGGUUUGGGCGGACACCACCAGGAGUUUUACGGGUUUUGUGUGUUAUCUGGACGGGGCUUUGAUUACUUUUGAUGAUGACUUACGGAUGGAAUGGACGGAAUCGAUACCCAGCACCCAUAGGAAGAAAUUGACAUUCUAGGCGUGAAGCGCCGUAAUUUA